GACUUUUCCUGUUUUCCCCACCAAUAUUUGAAGUCUAGUUGGGUGGACUCAUCCUUUUCUCUCUCUCUCUCUCUCUCUCUUCACUUUCUCUCUCUAGAAUCCAUCGGCACGCACAAAACUGCAGAUUUUUAUUUUGGUUCCGAUAAUAACAAAUCAAACGGCACAAAUGUUUUUUACUGCGAAGAAGAAACAAAUACAAAAUAAGAAAUCUCCGCGAAACUUCCCUCCCAACCCCCAACCCCUUUUCACACACAUACACACACUGAUGUACGGCUUCGAGGGGGCCCGGCCGCCUUUAUAGCGACUUGUGAUUCUCUUAUGUGUGAUAUUUCCCUUUUUCUGAGUUCCUUUCUCGAAAACUGGGUUUGAUCUUGCCAUUUGACCGGAGAUUCUCAUUUCCAUGCCGAUAAUCACAAGUUUGUAAUCUGUUUCUUUACAUCUUUUGUGCGAGCUGGAGUUAUGAGUUAUCAACAAGAAAAGUUUGUCAGAUUCCAAGAUUGGACAUCAGAGAAAAGAUUCAACGGACAACCCCCCUCUGAAGGCGGCGCGCAAGUAAGCGGACUUAGAUCGGCAAUUUACUCAGUUUCAGACAAAUUUCAAAGAGGAUUAGAAUCUGGCUCCGAAAGGAUCAAGAGAUACACAACAUCAUUAAAAUCCUUCUCUGUGGGAAAGUUUGUGACGGAUGAAGAGGGAUCUACGAAGAAAAUUCUUGAUCCUCAAGGAUUUUUUCUACAGAAAUGGAACAAGAUUUUUGUGCUGUCAUGUGUGAUAGCUGUAUCCUUGGACCCUUUGUUUUUCUACAUACCCAUCAUUAAUCGCGAUAAAAAGUGCCUUGAUUUGGACAGCAGAUUGGAAAUGACAGCUUGUAUUCUUCGAUCCUUUACGGAUAUAUUCUACCUCAUCCAUAUCAUUUUUCAGUUUCGUACUGGUUUCAUUGCCCCUUCUUCGCGUGUUUUCGGAAGGGGUGUUCUGGUUCAAGAUUCUUGGGAAAUUGCAAAAAGAUACCUUUCUUCUUACUUCAUAAUCGACAUCCUUGCAGUUCUUCCCCUUCCACAGACUGUAGUAUUGAUAAUCGCACCCAGGUUGAAAGGUGCAAGAUCUUUGAACACAAAGAAUUUAUUAAAAUUCGUGGUGCUCUUUCAAUAUAUACCGAGGGUUCUCCGAGUGAAUCCUCUGUACAAAGAAGUGACACGAACAUCUGGCAUACUCACUGAAACAGCAUGGGCUGGAGCUGCAUUCAAUCUUUUCCUUUACAUGCUUGCCAGUCAAGUGAUGGGAGCUUGUUGGUAUUUGCUUUCGAUAGAACGUGAAACUUCUUGCUGGAUUAGAGCUUGUGGGAAUAAAUCUGCUUGUAGAAAAGCUUCGUUUCGCUGCGAAGAUGACCAUACGGAAUUUCUAGAUAUUUUGAACCAAUCAUGCCCUGUACAGACUCCUAAUGCUACCGUAUUUGAUUUCGGAAUUUUCCUUGAUGCCCUUCAAUCUGGUGUUGUUGAAUCGAAAGAUUUUCCUCAGAAGUUCUUCUAUUGUUUCUGGUGGGGAUUGCAGAAUUUAAGUUCGCUGGGCCAGAACCUUAAAACAAGUACCUUUGUCUGGGAAAUUUGCUUUGCAGUUUUCAUAUCCAUAUCCGGCUUGGUCCUAUUUUCAUUUCUGAUUGGAAAUAUGCAGACAUAUUUGCAGUCAACAACUCUAAGGUUGGAGGAGAUGAGAGUAAAAAGACGAGAUGCAGAGCAAUGGAUGUCUCACCGUUUGCUCCCAGAGAGUUUGAGGCAGCGUAUCAGAAGGUACGACCAAUACAAAUGGCAAGAAACCAGAGGCGUUGAUGAAGAGAAUCUAAUCCACAAUCUUCCUAAAGAUCUCAGACGAGACAUUAAACGACACCUCUGUUUGGCUUUACUCAAAAGAGUGCCAAUGUUCGAGAAAAUGGACGAUCAACUAUUGGAUGCAAUGUGCGACUGUCUAAAACCUGUUCUCUACACAGACGACAGCUACGUAGUACGCGAGGGUGAUCCAGUGGACGAGAUGCUUUUCAUCAUGCGUGGCAAAUUAUUAACCGUGACCACAAACGGUGGUCGAACCGGUUUCUUCAAUUCCGAAUAUCUAAAAGCUGGCGAUUUUUGCGGCGAAGAGCUUCUAACUUGGGCUUUGGAUCCUAAUUCAUCUUCCAACCUUCCGAUUUCGACGAGAACAGUUCAGGCCUUAUCGGAAGUGGAGGCGUUUGCUUUAAUGGCGGACGAUUUGAAGUUUGUGACGUCGCAGUUCAGGCGGAUGCACAGCAAGCAGCUCCGGCAUACUUUUAGGUUCUAUUCGCAGCAGUGGAGGACUUGGGCAGCUUGCUUUGUGCAGGCGGCGUGGAGGCGGUACGCGAGGAAGAAGCUGGAGGAGUCGCUCCGGGCGGAGGAAGAUAGGUUGCAGGAUGCCCUGGCCAAGGGGGGAGGCAGCUCGCCCAGCUUGGGGGCCACUAUUUAUGCUUCAAGAUUUGCGGCAAAUGCUCUUAGGGCUUUGAGGAGGAAUAGGACGAGAAAGACGAGGCUGCCGGACAGGAUUUCGCCAAUCCUGCUGCAGAAGCCGGCUGAGCCGGAUUUCACUGCUGAAAAAUAAAUGAUAUAUAUAUGUAUUUUUAAUGUGUAUGUAUUUAUUCUUUUUGGGUAAAUGUAUCAUAUCCUUUUUUUAUUUUUUAUUGUUGUUUGAUGGUUUAAGUAUUGGGCAUGUUUUGAAAAUGUGCAAGGCUUGAAUUGGUUUAUUUCCAUUCAUGUCCUAUACAGGAUACUGAGCAAUAUGUAUAUUAUUAUGUUGUAUGUAUUGUUGUACAUCAUUGUUCUGAUUUUGUACCUUUUUGGCAAUACUAAUACUCUUUAGAUUU